GAUAUUCGUCUUUUGAUUGAGUGGGCCUUCUUUGCUUGUCCUCUCAUUGGUCAGACGCAGUCAGCUGACACCUGGACUGUGUCACCUGACCGGGAGUUCACCAAAAAUGGCUCCGCUGGACGCGUUUUUGUGAGCUUCGGCGUGUUGUCCGAAAAGAAGAAGUUUCCUCCUGGGGACAAGAUGGCGUCCGCCCUGGAGGUGGCUCUCCUGCCGGGCAAGCGGCACUGGCGCGAGGUCGCCGACGUGGUCAAGGCUCAGCUGGCCCCCGGCGGCACUUUGCUCGGCUGCCUGGAGCUCGACGGGACGCUGGUGUUGUGGGACCCGGCCGACGAGGAGGCUGCUCCGGUCUUGCUGGACGGAUGCUACCAGGACUUUAGCUGGGAGGAGCCUGUGAUUGCUGGGCCUGGAGGAGGCGGAGCCAAGCGCUUGCUGGCAGUGGGCUCCAGCUGCCAGCUGAGGAUGUUGGAGGUGGACACCCGGAGAGGAAUGUCGCUCUCAGUUCGCCCAGCUGGCGAGUGUCCUGCACAGCGCCUCCUGCAGGACGAGCGUGCGCGCGCCCCGCAGGUGGCGCGCGUGCUGUCAUUUGCUUCGGGACGCUGCCAAGUGUUCCUGGACGGCGACCGGCUGCUGCGGCUGGAGUGGUCGCCCGGGCAGAAAGCCGCACGGGCGCUCAGCUGCUGCCGCCUGAGCCCGGCGGAGGGCGGCGGCGCCGCGGCUGCGGUCCGCUGCUGCGUGCGCCAACACGUCGCCUUCACCCUCGGCGAGAGCGGACUCAUCUCCAUCUACGAUGUCACCGACGGCGACCUGCUGGCCUUCGUGGACGUUCCCGCCUACCUGAGCGGGAGCCUCACGGCGGAGACGGAGACGGCCGCCACGUGGUCACGAUUGCGCCACCUGGAGGUGUCGGCCGACAUGAGCACAGCCGUCGUCGUGACGCGCGACAACGCCGCCGCCGCCAUCGACCUUGACCACUACUUCGGGAGGAACCCCGAGCACCUGCUGUGUCAGGCCACGCCCACCGGCCCGCCCCUGAGACCCCAGCGACCGAUGGACGAGGACAACGUGACGAGCGCCAACUGCAGCCUGGCCGCGCUGGGACGCGACUUCAAUGCUGACCGGUCUUGGGGGUCUCGUCUGGCGUCCAUGUUCAACGCGGCCCAGAAGUCUUCCUCGCCCUCGGCGCUCCGACCGGUCGCCGCCUCCUGGUCCUCGUCGCUCCCGCGCCACGGGUCCCUCCCGGCCGCGCCGCCGGCCCGCGCCCGAGUCCCUGCGGGGGGCGCCACCGUCGCCCUGGCCGUCCCGGAGUUGUCCGUCCCGUCUCUGCUGUCCGUCUGCGACUUCUCCGCUAUGUUGGUGCUAGCGUCCCCCGCAAACAUGCGGACCACCGCCGUCCUGUGGGACUUGGGGUCCGGGAGCGUGAGCUACCACCAGGCGACGGCGGCGGCGGCGGUGGAAUUGUGCGGACAGAAACAUCACGCUGUGCUCCUCAAGAAGUCGGGAAUGUUCCAGGUUUUGUUCUCGGUGUCGCAGCGGGAGCUCCUCAGCAGCUUGAUGAUGUUCGGCAGCGCGGCCACCGCGGACGCGCUUUGUCACCUCAACAAAUGGGGGCGCUGCUCCAUCCCCAUCCACUCCCUGAAGGCGGGAGUUAAGAACCGGCAACUGGACACGGUGGACUUCUACCUGAAGAGCAAAGAAGAUCUUUUGACGGCGCCCAGCGACGCCGGCUUCACGGAACGCGUCCAGACAUUAUGUCCCGCCUUGGACCUGCUGUGCGCCGCCAUCAGGGAAUCGAGCAACGACGCGCAGAGCCGCCAGUUCUCGGAGCAGCUGCUCAACGUCACGCUGAGUUUCGUCAACGCGCAGAUACGCUACGUGCUAACGCACAAGAACUAUGAGGACGAAGACGUGCGCGGAUGCGUGGACGUCCUGAGCGAGUACCUGACAGAGCUCAGGACCUUCUUGAAGAAAUAUCCGUGGCCUGCACACGGCACCAAAGACCACAAAGCAUCCGUGGAGGAGGAGGAGGACGAGUGGGAGGGGCUUCACACACAGGAAGUGGUCCGCCUGUCCGUCCUGACCAAUCAGAUCCCCAGAGCCCAGGCGGUGUUUAGACGGCGAGGCCUCCCCGAGGGGCGUCUUCCGGCCCUGCGGGCGAUGGGUCUGCGCCUGGUCUACUCGUGUCUGCAGGGACGAGACCUCCCGACCGCCAUCACGCUCCUCACCAACAUGGGUUUCAACGUGAAGAAGGAACUGCAUCGCAUCUGCGUCUACACGCAUGACAGGGACCUCAGGGACUUUGUGGGGGAGGAGCUGUGCAGACGGCGUUACUUUUCCGAGGAGGAGCUGGGCAGCAUGGCGUUCAUCAAGGAGGCGACGCAUUUGGCCUCUCUACCGCUUCGCCGCCACGCAGACGGCGCUUCGGGGAGCAGGCCGCUACAGUUGGUCCUGCGCGAGGAAGCGGCGGGAGGCGGGGACGUCCUGGAGGAAUUACUGGGACAGAAAAUGCGUGAGCAGCAAGAGGCGGGGCUUUGGCAGGAAGUGAGGCUGGAUUGGGUGAUGAACUGGGAACAGAGCAGCAGGGCGGCCAUCUUGUUGUCCAGACGCCAGCGUUGCGAGUUAAGCUGGUGCGAGGCCGCGGUGCUGUGGGGUCACAUGACCUCGUUGCACAACCACGCCGCCCUGGUGUCCUGGAUGGAGAGCGGCGAGGCCUCUGGCGCCGCCCGGUGGCCAAAGCUGACGGCGGACGUGGUCAACGGCAACACGCUGAGCAGCCGCUUCCUCAGGGAGGAAAUCCUGGACACGCUCGCCAGGCGGGGCGUGUUCAUCCCUGACGAGCUGUCCGAUCUGGAUCAACUUUUGUGGCGCGUAGCUCAGGCCGACGGUCUGAUGUCGUCGCCGCCGCCCGUCCCUCGGCACCUCGGCCUGGACUUCCAUUCGCGGGUCAUCGGUUGGUGUCUGGAGCGCCACCUGCAGUUUCUCCUCUACGCCUACCUGGAGCACUACAGGUUGACUCCCAGGAACUGUCCUGUGCUGUCCAACGGAGGCCCGACUCACACCCAGCCCUGGUCGGAGUUGAUGGUGAAAAUGCAAGAGAUCACCACGAACCUGACAGAGCCGGCGCUGGUCUACCAGGCCAGUCUGACGUGCGCUCAAGUUCUCCUACCAGGAAGUCCGCCGUCCCUCAGUUCUCUUCUUCUGGAGGGUCACAGCCUCCUCGCCCUCGCCACCAUCAUGUUCGCCCCAGGGGGCAUCGACCAGAGUUGUGGGCUGCUUCCUGUUUGGCAGGUGGUGGUGCAGGGUGAAAAUCGUUCCCGGGCGGAGUGCUCAGUGGACCCUCAGCUGAUGAAGAUGGCGCUGACGGCGUACCCCAAACUGAAGGCAGCGCUGUUCCCGGCAGGACAGCGAGCGCCCGGCCCCUUCACAGACGUGUCCGUGUACCACCUUCUGCAGGCACUGCAUCCUCUGGACCCUUGCCGACUGUUCGGCUGGCAGGCGGCAAACUCUCUGAACUCCGUCGAAACCACGGAGCUACCUCACUUCUCCAGCCUGCACCUGGUGGACGCUUUCGCGCUGGUAGAGCGGCUGGACUUCCCGUACUACCUGCGACGCGGCCGGCCGGCCGUCGCCUUUGCCACCUUCCUGCUGCAGCAGCUGAUCGGCUGCCAGCGCAUCGGCCAAACUUUGCAGCAGGCCCGGCAGCGGGUACACAUUUUGGCGGUGCGGAAUUUCGACUCGCCGUCGGCGGUGUCGGCCGCAGUUUGCUUCUGUGAGCUUCUCGGCCUCGGCAGCCACCGAAUGCGAGUGGACGUCAAGGUCCUCAACGCCGUCUGGACGCACUGGAAACUCAAGCAAACGCACUGUGGACACACGCGGCCUCUGCACACACUGGUGUCCAAAGGUGUCAAGCUGGUGGAGGCGGAGCCAGGAGCAGCGGAGGAGCUGAUUGGCUACCUGGAAGCAGCUGUGAUUGACAGCCUGGAAGUCAAAGAUGUCAACAGAUGUUCGUGGGAGGCGGCUCAGGAUUGGUCGUUGCCAGUGGAGUUUUGUCGUCUUCACGGACUUCCUCUCAGCAGCAUUUAUCCCGCCCACUGUGCGCGUGACGGACACUUCCUCAACUUCCUGUUGUUCGUACAACUUCAUCACUUCACGGCACAGCAGGUUGGCUCUCUGGUGUCUCAGUUUAGCCCCGCCCUCCAGGACCACCUUCACGUGGCGUUUGGUGAGCUGCCGUUCUACACCCGGGGGUCCUCGGGGGCGCCGGCGUCCCCCCGAGGCCUCUUCCAGUUGCUGCUGCGGAGUCAGGAGGAGGCGGAGCCUAGCAGGUACCUGCUGCAGGAGGCGUUGACGCAUCGCAGCCACUCAUUGGCCGUGCUCGCUGCCUGUGUACAGGAGGCGGGGCUUGUGCCGUGCCUGUGCACGUGGCUUCUCACCGUCAUCGACGACGUCAGCGCCCAGGAAGUCGCCGCCUGCCUGUCGCCCCCCCUCGAGCCCCAUCGGUGGACCCUGCACCACCUGUCAGUCAUCUGGAGGACCCUCCUGGGCUGGGGCCUGCUGGGGGCCCAAACCCUCCUGCGGGGGUUCCAACUCUUCAUGCGGGACUGCCCCCUGCUGGACGUGCUCAGCAUGUUCCUGCUCUGCUGUGACCACAAGAACUUCACCGAAGCCAAAGUCAAACUCCAAAACUUCCACACCAACAUCACCAAACUGAGCAUCAGCGGCGAUGCGCCCCCUGGUGGUCUGCCACUGCAGUGGCUGUGCAGCGAGGCGUGGUUUUUACUCUUACAGUUGUGUCAGUGUGCGCGCUCACACUUUGAGCUGCGGCGCCUCCUGCAGGUCUUGGCUGACGUCGACAUGAUGAACAAGGACAACGGUCUCGACUUCAGGAAGCUGAGUCAGCUGAGUGACCUCCUGCAGGGUUCAGGAGUGGCGGUGUCUCCCAGGUUGCUGCAAUGUAAUUCGUCCUCCGUCCAGGAGGAGGAGUUCCAGGCCACUGUCGACGCUUUGCAGGCGAGAGGAUUCUACGCACGAGCACAAAGCGUCGCCACGCUCGCGCAACUUCCUGUACAACGGCUGCUCAUGUGUCAGCUGGUCCAGGAGCUGGAGCUUCAGCGUUCCACGCGCCAGUGGUCCCGGCUAGAGAGUCGCGUGUGCUUUUGGAGGAAGUGUCACCAACAGCUGGAGGACGAGCACGUGGAUCCCGACUCGGCUGCACGCUUUUUCCUGUCCCAGGCGGACUCCGCGUUGUCCGAGUCGUCGACGGCCUCGGAGUUUCAGUCGGAGCUGCGGGCGGCCCGAGAAGGCUGCCUGCUGCUCGCCGCGGCCGCCCGCUGGCUGUCACUGCGCCGGCCGGCUCCAGUGGAGCAGAUGGAGAGCCUGGAGAAGAGGCUGUGGGUGGGCCGCGUCCGACAGCACGCCCUGGUGGCCGCCAUGCGGAGGGAGAGCGUCUUCAACCUCCUUCCGCCGGACGUCAACGCGUACGACCUUUUCAUGAAGGACUUUUCCUUCUGCGACAUUCCGGAGCUCCGCACGGACGCGCUCCUCAGCCCGGAAGGACUUCCCGGUCCGGCCGAGGAACGCGCGGACGCGGAUCCGCUCCUCGAGCCGGCGGAGAAGAAGACGCUGGCGCUGCUGCUGGACGCCGCGUUGGACGCGGGAAGCGUCCACGAAGUCAGCCGCGCCUGUCGAUACUUCUCGCUCUACCAUCCAGAUCUCUGGCUGCUUCUGCGCUGCCGAGCCCUGGCGUCCGGAGAACUCGGACCCCAAACGCACCAGAUGCCGGAUGAGCCCGAAGUGCUGCCCCGGAGGCUCCUACACGCCUCGCCGUCUGUGAGCAGCUCGUCGUCCUUCGCGCUGCUUCCUCCUCUUGCCGAAGACGACGUCGCCGUCCAGUUGCAGAAGAUGGCCGAGCAGUGUCGCCAUGGUAACGGCUACUGCAAACAAGUCCUCAGCCUCUACCAGCUCUCCAAGGAGCUGCAGUGUCCCUUUAUGGAGCUGAGCAGCGAGGACCCCGGCCGCGUUCUCGAGAAGCUUCUGCUGCGCGAUCAUCCCGAACGCUUCCGGAACGCUCAAAUGUUCAUCCGAGCUCAGAGUUUCUCCGCCGACGUCGUAGCCGCGAUGGUGGCGGCCGCGUUGGUGCGCGCCAAGCAGGAGCAGCACGCCCACCAGAUGCAAAGUGAGAGGCAAGCGUUCCGGCCGGCAGAGGGUCGGGACUCGCUGGUCCAGCUGAUUACUUUGUGUGAGGAUCCUAACCUGGUCGGACUCAAAGUUCUGGAAAAGCUGAAGGGCGUGCCGCUGCGGGACCUCGGCUGCAUUGUGGAGUUGCUGAUCGUGGCCCACGACUGCUUCAGCGUGACGUGUAACAUGGAAGGAAUCGUCAGAGUCCUGCAGGCCGCCAGGCACUUAAGCCACGCCUACUUGGCGCCCGGCGAGCACUACGGCCUCUUGGUGCGCGUGCUGACGGGAAUUGGCAGAUACAACGAGAUGACGUACGUGUUUGACCUGUUGCAUCAGAACCAUCGCUUUGAGAUGCUGCUUGGGAAGAAAACGGACAUGGACAGGGGACAGAGUUCGAGCCUGAAGACUGCGCUGCUGGACUACAUCAAGUGCUGCCUGCCGGCGGACAGCGAGAAGCACAACAUGGUGGCGCUGUGUUUCAGCAUGAGGCGCGAGAUCGGCGAGAACCACGAGAUGGCGGCCCGGACGCAGCUCAAGAUCAUCCGGUCUCAGGCCUGGGCAGUGUCGUCGCCGGAGCUCAAAAGUUCUCUGCUCAAAGUUUUGUCUCUGCUCAAGGAUGCCGCAGAAAGCUUCGCCAAGGACUCGUGCGUGCAUCAGGCCAGUCGCUGCGUGCGAUUGGCCAAGCUGGUCACGCUUCAGCUGCACUUCCUCGAUCAAGGCUCCGCCCUCCGCUUGGUCAACCUGCAGCCUGCUGAUAUGAUGGACGCCGCCGUGGCGCUGCCCAGAUGCUACCAGGUGUUGGUGUUGUCGGAGGCGUACGGCUACAGUCCGGACUGGGCGGAGCUGGUGUACCAGAAGACUGUCCUUAACGCCGACUUUGCCUACUUGGAUGAGCUGAAGAGACUCCGCCCACUAACCUCUGGCCUCUUUGAGGACAUUUUUAAGAAGCUGGACGGCGCCCCCUGUGGCGUGACCGCGAACGUGCGUCGCCUACUGACGUAUUGCGACGACGUUUACCUGCGCUACCGCCUGGCGUACCGACAACAACUCGACGAUGUCACCAAGACGCUGCUGCAGGACGCAGCCGCCUCCAGCUACCUCAACGACGCCAUUGGCGCGCACUGACGCGCCAAACUUUACACAAAGCGACACGAGGACAAGGCUCGUGACUCAAAAAUCACUCGGAUCUCAUCAUAUACAGUGGACCCCCGCAUAUUUGCAGUUCGUUAACCGCAGAUUCACCUUCCCUCCCCCCCCCAAUUCUUUUUCAAUUAAAAAAAACCACUCCACGCUUAUUUGUGGUAUAUUCACGCUUAUUCAGGAAUUUGUAUCUAUUUUUUGUAUUUUUAUUUCAAUGCAGUACAAUGAGUGUCAAUUAUUUGCAGAUUUUUGUAGGGGUCCACUACUAUGACAUCAUACUCUCUGAUAGCAUAGUAUGUAUGCCGUUGUAUAUUAACGACAUUAUACAUGAUGUCAUUCAACACACUGGACUGAACCAUCUAUCUGUGAUACCCUAUCCUAUGACAUCACACACAAUAGAUAUUUUAUCUCUUGAAUAAAGUUGCACAAAGUGCUGAGUCACUCCAAA